AUGAAAGCCACGGUACAUGAUCUGGAAGUGAUCUCGGACAUACGAACAUACGAGCUGCUCAAGUACAAUCCGAUUUCAGAACAUAUCAGUAAGUCGUGUCAUUUUUAAAGCGUUUUUGAUUUUUAAAAUUUAAGAACGUUUACUUUAUUCUGUGCCCUCUUUGAAAUAUAUUUUUAGCUGACAUAACUUUUACUACGCAUGAAUACUACAAAGCAGCUGUACUGGAAGAACUUGUUGAAGGUUUAUCACUGAUUAUGUGUAUCGACUCAUAUGUUAUUGGUUUCUUGACCGGCUUUAAAGGCGAAGUUAAAGCUGAUGAUGUUGGAUUUACUGGAUUUAAAGAGGACUAUGCAGAAGGUAAACUUAAAUUUUCAAAAUUAAAAAAACUAUGAUAUGUAAUUAAUAAUAGCGUUUACUACUGUUAUAUUCCAUAAUAUUUCAUCCAGAUUGUGCCAAAAAGCUACCAUGCCCACCAGAAGUAGCCAUUAUCAAGGUGAUAGUGGAUGAAAUGAGGAAAUGCAUCAAAUAUCAUGUACCAGUUGGAUAUUACUAUUCAAUUAGUCGAUUUUCAAUUCAAAAAGAUUUUUGUGGUGCUGGUCUGGGCAAAGCCUUAUGGAAGGCGAGCUUGACAAUUGCGAAACAGCACGGUUUCAAGUACGUUGAAGCUGAAUGUUCGGCCGUCGCUUCGACUAAAGUCGCAGAAAGUGUAGGUUUUUGGGUCUUGACAUAGAUAGGGGGUGGUGAUGACGGGAGAGGUCAAAAAAUUUGUAACUUUUUAUCUCUUACUCCUUAACCCCCCCCCCCUUUUUUUAAAAAUUAAAAUAAAUAUUGAUAAUAAUAACCGUUUUUAGCUAGGCCUACGAUCAUUCUUUGUAUUCCCAUUAGAACGAGCAAUCCUCAACGGAAAACCGUUCUUUCCUCCAGUCCUUAGUGACGGAUUAACUGGAGCAAACUUGGUCAUUGGAGAAAUUGACAAUUAUAACACUCUCUAA